AGUCGGAGCAGUGACUUCCGGCGGAAAGAGAAACCGGAUCCAAACUGGGGCGAAGGCAGGCAGGAAGUGGGCGCCGCCGGCCAUGGGAAUUCCGGCACAAACCUGGUUGGGUCUGGGGUGAACAGGGCGUUACUUUGUCUCUGGCUGAUGAGAGGUGAGCACCACCAGCGAGGUGCCACCCCACCCACGCUGAUCUGAGAAGACACCCUCCCCCCCUUUACAUUCAAAGGAUGAUGGCAUUUGAGCAGAAUCCAAAGGAUUGGUACAGCAUUCUUGGGGCAGACCCAUCUGCAAAUGUGUCAGACCUAAAACAGAAGUAUCAAAGACUCAUAUUAAUGUACCAUCCAGAUAAACAGAGUGCAGAUGUGCCAGCGGGCUCGGCGGAGGAAUGUAUACGGAAGUUCAUCGAAGUUGAUCAGGCGUGGAAAAUUCUAGGGAAUGAAGAGACGAAAAAAGAGUACGACCUGCAGCGGCGUGAAGAUGAACUAAGAAAUAUGGGACCAGUAGAUGCUCAAGUAUAUCUUGAAGAAAUGUCUUGGAAUGAAGAUGAUCACUCUUUUUUUUUGAGUUGCCGAUGUGGUGGAAAAUACAGUGUUUCUGAGGAUGAAGCAGAAGAAGUUCACCUAAUUUCUUGUGAUACAUGUUCACUAAUUAUAGAACUCCUUCAUUCUUGCUAAACUCGUGCAUGACUUAGAAUCUUUAAACUGUGUAUGCAGACACAGUGAGGAGAGAGGCCAUUUGAGCACUGUCUGUUCAAGAAAAAUUUUUUUUUCAGCCCCAUUAUUUGGAAGGAAAAUUUAAGAUUGUUAAAUAGAGGCCACACCAGAUUAAUAAAAAAUUAAGAUAGUUAA